AUGAUGCUAGUAGGACUUGGACUAGGGCCUUCGUGGUAAGACUGAUAAAAGAAGAACCUUCUGGAAGAUACAUUUGGAUAGACAACAUAUGAGUCUUUCAGGUAAGAAGCAAAAUGUAUUGGGCAAUUGUUGAGGUUAGGAGUGAUUGUGGGAGAGUUGGGUUGGGCAGGGUAUGUUAUUCUCUAACCAGUAGGUUAGAGAAACAGAUCUAAAUGAGACGGCUCCAGGUAGUGAAGGUUCAUGCUGAUGGGAGAGUUCAGGGCCAGGGUGCCAGCUUUUUAUUAGAAUAGAGAGGGAGAGAGAACUGAAGCGAGAGCUGUGGUAUAGGUGCCCUUGUUUAGGGAGGGCCCUGGGAUCUAAGGGAGGAGAGCUUGCUUGGGGAGCAUCAUCAUGCUGCUUGGGAAUACAGGCUAGACACAGAACACAGAGUUUAGCGAAAGACCUUAUUAGAAGCCAGGUUUUAGGUCAAGGAAAGUGAGAGGUGAAACAUUAGUAGGUGUUGUCAGGAAGCAGCAGCGAAAAGGAAUACAGGAAAGCCAGCAGAAAGGACAGGAGGAGCAAGGGAAGAUCUUCUCGGUGGAGGGAGGCACAUGCUUGUGUGAAAGAAAUUGGGAGAGUGGAGGAGCUGAGCGGGGCCGACAGGUGGGUCGUAGAGAAACCAGACAUGGUGGAGAACACAGGCAGUUGGGGCGGCCAAGGAAAGACAAGAGGAUGCGUUCCUCAUCCUGGAAAAAAAAUAAUGGAAAUGGAGGGUGGACACAGAAACAGUUUGGAAAGCAGAAGAGGGUAUACUAAAGGCCAUCGUUUUCUCGGUAGGCACUGGAGGGAGAAGCUACAAGGAGCUGAAACAUGUUUGUAAUGUCAUUUUUAAUAGGAGCCAUGAUAUGAAAUGAGCAAGAGGCAACUAACAGAGCCAUCAAACCCAGUGAAAUUCAUUUACACAAAUUUAUUGUGUGCCAGAUGAACACACUUCACUCAGCAGAAACAGAUAUCGAUGACAGAUAUGGAGAUUUGGAUUCCAGGGCAGAUUCUGAUGUUCCCGAGAUCCCGCUGUCCUCCGACCAGACCCCCGAGAUCCUGCAGAAAGCACUGUCUGGCUUAUCCUCAAGGUGGAAAAACUGGUGGAUCCGUGGGAUCCUCACCUUGACUAUGAUUUCACUGUUCUUCCUGAUCAUCUACAUGGGGUCCUUCAUGCUGAUGCUGCUGGUUCUGGGCAUCCAAGUGAAAUGCUUCCAUGAAAUUAUCACGAUAGGUUACAGAGUCUACCACUCUUAUGAUCUUCCAUGGUUCAGAACACUCAGUUGGUACUUUCUGCUGUGUGUGAACUACUUUUUCUAUGGAGAGACUGUUGCUGAUUAUUUUGCUACAUUUGUUCAAAGAGAAGAACAACUUCAGUUCCUCAUUCGCUAUCAUAGAUUUAUAUCGUUUGCACUCUACCUAGCAGGUUUCUGCAUGUUUGUACUGAGCUUGGUGAAGAAACAUUACCGUCUGCAGUUUUAUAUGUUCGCGUGGACUCAUGUCACUUUACUGAUAACCGUCACCCAGUCUCAUCUGGUCAUCCAAAAUCUGUUUGAAGGCAUGAUCUGGUUCCUUGUUCCAAUAUCAAGUGUUAUCUGCAAUGACAUUACUGCUUACCUUUUUGGAUUUUUUUUUGGAAGAACUCCAUUAAUUAAGUUGUCUCCUAAAAAGACUUGGGAAGGAUUCAUUGGCGGUUUCUUUUCUACAGUCGUGUUUGGAUUCAUGGCCGCCUACAUGCUUUCCAAGUAUCAGUACUUCGUCUGCCCCAUUGAGUACCGCAGUGAUGUCAACUCCUUUGUCACUGAGUGUGAGCCUGCCGACCUCUUCCAACUGCACAGCUACUCACUGCCCUCCUUCCUGAAGGCAGUGUUGAGACGGGAGACGGUGAGCUUGUAUCCUUUCCAGAUACACAGCAUUGCUCUUUCAACCUUUGCUUCUUUAAUUGGCCCAUUUGGAGGCUUCUUUGCCAGUGGUUUCAAAAGAGCUUUCAAAAUCAAGGAUUUUGCAAACACCAUCCCUGGGCAUGGUGGGAUCAUGGACAGAUUUGACUGUCAAUAUUUGAUGGCAACUUUUGUGCACGUAUACAUCACUAGUUUCAUAAGGGGCCCAAAUCCCAGCAAGGUACUGCAGCAGCUGUUGGUACUCCAGCCAGACCAGCAGCUGAGCAUCUACAGAACCCUGAAGAUGCACCUUAUCGAGAAGGGCAUCCUCCAGCCCACCUUGAAGGUGUGACUGACCCCAGGGAGGACUCUGGAUGAGGAGAAGCCCAACAGACAAAAUCCUGUCACUGAACAGAAGAAUGGUUGAAAAUGCAAUAGACUGAAGUUUUACAGGCAUAAAUGUUUCUCCUCUGAAAUUACUGUGAAUAUUUAACACUUUAUCUGAGUCAUGAAAUAAGUAGAAAAUCGCCAGCAAAAUAUUCUAUCCUUUUUCUAUGAUGUGUUUUCUGAUGUUAACUUCCUUCACCUUACUUGCUGGGUUUCAUAAUUUGAAAGUCUUGUAUUUUAAAGAGUCAAACACUAUACAAUGAGGAACUUGAGGUGUCUUCAGAUUGUACCUGGCAGUGGGAUCUUUUGCACAAAUAUUUACUUUUGCCCUAUGAGCUGCUCUUUAAUUUUUGCAGAACAUUUUAUGUAAGGCACAAUAGGAAGUCAGUCCUCUUGCACUUCCUCCUCUUCUAUCAGAAGAAUGUUCCAAAGGGCUUAGUAGGGUGGGGGGAAAUGAUUGCUCUCCCAACCCCCUUCCUUCUCUUUCUCCUUUCCUCCUCUUCCCUUCCCUUUUCCUUCCUCUCUCUUUUCUUUCUUCCUCUCUCUCCCUCUCCAUCUCUGUCUCUCCUCCCUCUCUCCCUCUCUCCCUCUCUCUCUGUCUCUCUGUGUCUCUUUCCUCUCUCUUUGUGUCUCUCCUUUUCUUUUUCUUUUGGUAGCAGGGAUCAAACUCGGGCGCUUGUGCUUUCAAGGCAAGCAACAGAACCACUGAGCUAAAUCCCUGGCCCUCUCUGUCUUUCUUGUACAGGAGAUAAAACCAAGAACUUUGCUUGUGUGAGGUGUGUGCUCUACUGUUGAGCCACCCUAGCUGUUUGUCCACUUCUCAAAAUAGUCAUUUUCCAGGAGAAAACAUUCUACUUUUAGCUAGGUUCAAAAUUCAGGAAAGGGAGGCUGAAGUUUCCGCCACUAUUGAUUUGUUAGAAGAGCAGGCACCCAAAUCUAUGUCUGAUAAAAUUGUUUGGGAAAUGACUUCUCAGAACUUUCCCAACGGGCGGGACAUUUAGCUCAGUGGUUCUGCCACCUGCCUCGUAAGUGCAAGGUCCUGAGUUCAAUCCCCGGUACCAAAAAAAAAACAAACUUCCCAAGAGAAGCAAAGGUGAUUCCUGCUGGAGGAGCAGGUGUACAGCUACUGCCCAUGCGCUGUGUUCCACAAGGACAGUAUGAAGAGCAGCACAAUGGCCGGGCCCUGUGGGCAGAGCCUGACCUCUCCCUUGUUGCCCUGUGCGCUGCCUUCCCUGAGCUCUGAGGCCUGGCACUGAGCAGCUCAGUGCAGGGCAGGGAGUGGGACAGGGGCUGGCCGGGACUGGCCCAGGGCAAGAGUGACUGCUGCAUGGAGCAGGCCCUGUGUGCCUCUCAUCUCCAGGACGGCCCUUUGGAGACGCAGCCGGGGAUGAUGAGCUCGCAGACCUAAACCUGGAGUGACUCCCUGGUACUGAUAUUGGUCCUGCUGCACUUUCCCCUCAUGUCCUCCAAUCUGAGGGCAGAAGACGAUGCCUCUUUCUUUGAAGAAUGAAGACCAAGCAGAUGUCAUUUCCACCAAGAACAAAGAGCACACAAAUACCAAACCUUUGCUUUGGUGGACUGGACACUAACACACAAGAGUAAUUUCUUUUUUAAUAUAUAUUUUUAUUGGUACAGUAUAUGUGUUGCAACACAUAAUGAUUCCAUGUGCCUCAGGGAACUGGUACCUGGACAUACUGCAUCUUGAUCAUUUUCCUUCCCCUUCCCCAGAUCCAUCGACCAUGCAGAAGCUUCCGGUGCUGUGUGCUGGCUAUACUCGCAUCUCAUGCAUCGGACAGUUGGCAGGAAGCCUUCAGAAAUUGCCAGGUGUUCAGAGGGGAGAAACAUAUAUUUUAAAGAAUGUUUUGCUAAUGAAGAAAGUAAAUAUUUUUGUUUAAAUCGGAAACAGAUUACAAUUGUUUUGUAUUUCCAGUCUCUCACCCCUGAAAUAGAAGUUUGCUAAUCUGCAAGGGACCCACAAAUGCACCUUAGCUGUCAGUCACAUCCUGAGUCCUGAGGGGUUACAGGAGACGCAGUUGCACUCAGGACUGAGUCUCAUUUUUGCUCUGGCCUGGCAGGCACUUAGCUGACUGGCCACCACUGCAUGUGCUACGUCGACAGAUUUCACACUGCUCCUCAAAAGCUUAGAAUCACCCCGAGACUGUUGUAGGAGGGGAUGACCACUCCAAAGAGCAGACCACCUGUGAGUGAGUUUUCAAUAUCUCCUGCUUUUAUUUGCCCCGUUAAAAGCUCCAGAUGUUGAUCCUAAGAGAAUUUCAGACACCAAAAUUUAAAAAUAUGUACAAUGAAAAUGUCGUGAUAGGAGCUUACAUCAAAAACUUGGCAGCCUGCACAAGUAAAACUCCUUGCAGAUCCGUAGAUGCCACAUUUUUCUGUAAAGAAAUUGGUAAGGCUUUGCAAGAUAGAAUUAUGAGGGCAUUACUAAAUAUGUGUAUUAUAAAAUCAUUAUUAUAAACAGAGUAUUUGGAGUCACAGUAAGCUUUUUCUCAAAUACACUUUUAGAGUGGCGUGUACAUUAUAUGUAAAAAAAUUCUUAACAGAGCUCUAAUGAUUAAUCUUUUUAGCAUACUUUUAUAGCAUGUAUAUUAAAAUAGAAUAUAUUUUAGCAAAAGAUUGCCAUAAAACCCUGACUUGAUGAUCACUUUUAUAUUUGCACUGGGAUGAGGGCUUAGAUUGCAAUGCAGCAGUGUUGUGGUGGAAAAGGGAAAAGUACCGACUUCCAUCACACUAGCGGCUCCUUGCUCCAGGUCUGCUCUUCUGGGAGGAGCCGCAGUAGGACCUCCGCUUGCUGUCCAAGCUGUGGUACGAGUGUGUUUCCUUGGACUUUUCCCUGGUGCCAGGACAUACACCAGCGCUGAGAGCGAAGAGACUUCGCCACCCACUUUGUUUCUCAUGUACAGCAUCUCUUCAUUUACACUGUGGCUUGAACUAAGAGUGUCGUCUUGUUCCGUGGAGAACAGACGGUAGAAACUAUGUAUAUUGUACAUGGGUGAACAUUCAUGAUGUCUGUCAAUCAGUUCUCUGGAUCUUUUUACUGACAUUGAGAUAGGAAAAUAAAACCAAACAUCAUAUUUUGA